CCUAAUCCUUAUCCUCCUCCUAUUAUUAUUGCUGCCGAUGAUGCUGUUCCUGUUACAUCUGCUAUUGUUGUGUGUUUUCAGUGGCGUUACGUGUCGGGUAACAAUUGGGGAGUCUGCGAGGAUGGCACGGGGGCAAUAGGAUGCGGCCCUCAAGAAGAGUUUCGCGCAUGCGCCGACGUUGCCAUCACAAGAACAGGGGAAAAUGUCAGCAUCACCACGACGCCAUCCACGGUACAGCCAGGCAUGUCGCUCUCCACCUCAACAAAUAAUAGUGGUACAGCCACCACCACCGAAGCCACCACCACAACCACCACCACCACCACGACAGCACAGGGUGGUUCAGGGGUGUGCAGACCAGUGGGCGUUUGGGAGACAAUUCCGGGAAUGGAUGAUUGGUGUGUCAAUAACUGCAACCACACCCCACCCUACUGCCCAUCAUCACAUUGCACGUGCGACUAAAUCGUCCUGCUUACCUUGAAUACCUUCACGGCUUCACCCCGCAGACGUUCGCUUCUUGCCUGAUUAUUCAAAUCCCAGCCUGCUUAAUAUAUAGUUUUUAGCUUAUAGUUUUCUUUUUUAUGUUCUUUUAAAUUCAAAUUAUUCCUCAUUUAUGUUACUGUCAGUUUGGUUUGUAGUAUUUUUACGCACUUCGCAAUCCGGUUCCAUAUGACCGUAGUUGUUGGGCACCAUGGAAGAAAUUUUCAAAUCAAUUCACUUUUUCGCUGAUUCUAAGUUAUCUGUUUUAGAUCAUUGACUAAAUUGCAGUAUAGGGAUAUGAUCUGGCACGAGGCCUUUCAUUAUACUUUUCUUGCCAUAUAAAUAUAACACAUGAUUUCGAAAGAUCAGAAUGCCGAAGCAUCGAGAGAUAUUGUUUCGGUGUUUCAAGCGUAUACAUGAGACGCAUUUGGUUUGUUACUAGUGCGUCAGGGCAUCCAUAGAGUAGGAAAAUUACUAUAAGUUUGGUGCCAUGCAGUGGAAAAUUGUUAGGCAGCACCAGGUAGCGUGAGAUGGAGCCUGCGGGUAACACUAAACAUGACACAAUAUGACUUCACUGUGUAGUAAAGACAUUAAUAGCAGAACGGCUAGAAUCUGCGUCACUUUAUUAUAUGUAACACUCAUUGCCUAGUUACACUAAGACCAAUAAGAUAGCAAAUCACUUUGAUAUACAUACAUGCACACAUACAUAGACUGAAAGAUACGUAAAUGUCUCUUAACAGCGCUGUCGACACCGCUGCUAAUUCCUUACGGUCUCCAUGAGUGCAAAUUCACACACACACACACACACACACACACACACACACACACACACACACACACACACACACACCACUCGCAUUUAUGCUAGAUAGUAUUCUUUAUCUUUGGUAUUAUUUAUGAAAUUAUUUAUUAUCAAUGUGUAGUUCAAGAAACACACAC